CUUACAACUUACACCCACACCCUGUUCCUCCAUCGUCCUCAAUUGCACCUCUUCAUUUUCUCUCUCCUCAAUUGCACAAUGUCAACUACUUUGAGUUCUUGAUCUCACCUUUUCGAAAAUCUCAAGCAUUUUAGCCAAGUAAACUCAUUUUACAGCGCGCGAUCUUACACAGAAAGAUGGCUUUCAUGGCUGUCCUCGAAUCAGAUCUGCGCGCACUCUCUGCCGAAGCUCGCCGCCGUUAUCCCGCUGUUAAAGAUGGCGCCGAACACGCUAUCAUCAAGCUACGGUCAUUGUCAAGUCCAAGUGAAAUUGCUCAUAAUGAGGAUAUUUUGCGGAUCUUUUUGAUGGCUUGUGAGGUUAGAACUGUGAAGUUGAGUGUUAUUGGACUUUCAUGCCUCCAGAAGCUAAUAUCUCAUGAUGCUGUUGCUCCCUCAGCACUGAAGGAGAUACUAUUUACCUUGAAAGAGCAUGCUGAAAUGACUGAUGAGACAGUACAGCUGAAGACCCUCCAGACCAUAUUAAUCAUAUUCCAGUCUCACAUGCAUCCAGAAGAUGAGGAUAGUACGGCUCAAGCUCUUGGGAUUUGUCUCCGGCUAUUAGAAAGUAAUCGUUCAUCGGAUAGUGUACAGAAUACUGCAGCAGCUACUUUUAGACAAGCCGUGGCCUUGGUUUUUGACCAUGUGGUCCAUGCAGAGUCACUACCUUCAGGAAAAUACAGUUCUGGAGGUCAAAUCUUUCGAACAAGCUCUGUUACCGGGGAUGUUAGCCGCAGCAUCCGUCGUUCAGACGAAUAUGAUACUGUAGCUGGAGUAACACCUGUGACAAGGGAAAGCCUUACGAAAGCUGGAACAGUUGGGCUUCGUUUGCUUGAGGAUCUGACGGCUCUUGCAGCAGGUGGAUCUGCGACUUGGUUACGUAUCAGUUCUGUUCAACGAUCCUUUGCUCUUGACAUACUCGAGUUUGUUUUAUCAAAUUAUGUGGCCGUUUUCAGAACACUGGUUCCAUAUGAGCAGGUCUUGCGCCAUAAGAUAUGUUCUCUUUUGAUGACUUCUCUUCGCACCAAUGCCGAGCUUGAAGGAGAAGCAGGAGAGGCCUUCUUUCGCCGCUUGUUGUUGCGUUCAGUUGCUCACAUUAUCAGGCUAUACAGUUCAUUUCUUAUCACUGAAACUGAGGUUUUUUUGAGUAUGCUAGUUAGGGUCACAACUCUUGAUCUUCCGUUGUGGCACCACAUUCUUGUUCUUGAAAUUCUGAGGGGCUUUUGCGUUGAAGUGAGAACAAUGCGAGUUCUUUUCCAGACUUUUGAUAUGAACCCAAGCAAUACGAAUGUCGUGGAGAAUAUUGUGAAAGCUCUUGCACGUGUUGUCUCAAGUUUACAGGUUCAAGACACAAGUGAAGAGAGUUUGGCAGCUGUCGCAGGGAUGUUUAGUAGCAAAGCGAAAGGCAUUGAGUGGAUCCUGGAUAAUGAUGCAUCUAAUGCUGCAGUAUUAGUCGCUAGUGAAGCUCAUGCGAUCACAUUGGCAAUUGAGGGUCUUUUAGGUGUGGUCUUUACAAUUGCCACUUUGACAGAUGAAGCAGUAGAUGACGGAGAGCUUGAAUCCCCUAAAUGUGAGUCUGACCCCCCUGCAAAGUUGACGGGGAAGACUGCAAUUCUCUGUUAUUCGAUGGUUGAUUCAUUCUGGCUGACGGUACUUGAUACCCUCUCCCUGAUCUUGGCAAGAUCUCAAGGGGAGGCUAUUGUGUUGGAGAUUCUAAAAGGAUAUCAAGCUUUCACUCAGGCUUGUGGGGUUCUCUGUGCAGUCGAGCCAUUGAACUCCUUUUUGGCGUCUCUUUGCAAAUUUACAAUCAAUAUCCCCAAUGAGAUUGAAAAGAAAAGUUAUUUACAAUCUCCUGGUUCAAAAAGGACCGAGCCUCUCACUGAUCAGAGAGAGGGCAUUAUUUUGACUCCAAAAAAUGUUCAGGCAUUGAGGACUCUCUUCAACAUAGCUCAUCGGCUACACAAUGUGUUAGGUCCCUCUUGGGUUCUGGUACUGGAAACAUUAGCAGCCUUGGAUCGAACAAUUCACUCACCUCAUGCUACUACUCAGGAAGUGUCAACAGGGAGCAGGCUCACCAGGGAGUCAUCUGGGCAAUAUAGUGAUUUCAGCAUCCUCUCUUCUUUAAAUUCUCAGCUAUUUGAAAGUUCUGCUCUGAUGCAAAUAUCUGCAGUAAAGUCACUUGUCUCUGCACUUUGCCAACUGUCACAACAAUCCCUGCCUGGAAUUGUUGGUGGUUUUCCUCAAACAUCAAGUCAGAAAAUUGGAAGCAUCAGUUUUUCCGUCGAAAGAUUGAUAUCUAUCCUUGUUAAUAAUGUUCACAGAGUGGAGCCUCUGUGGGAUCCAGUCGUAGGCCACUUCCUUGAGCUUGCUGAAAACUCUAAUCAACACAUAAGGAGCAUGGCACUUGAUGCGUUAGAUAGGUCAAUUUGUGCUGUUCUGGGCUCAGAUCUGUUUCAGGACCGUCUAACAUCAGGAUCGGUGCCAGAUUCGCGAUAUAUUAAAAAUGCGUCUGUAGAUUUGAGAUCACUUGAACGUUCUGUUAUAUCACCCUUAAGGGUAUUGUAUUUUUCUACUGAGAGUUUUGAUGUCCGCUCUAGAUCUCUGAAGAUCCUUCUUCAUGUUCUAGAGAGGCAUGGAGAGAAACUAAAUGAUAGCUGGCAGGAUAUACUCGAGAUGUUAAGGUCUGUUGCAUGUGCAGCUGAGAAGGAUCUAAUCACGCUGGGAUUCCAGAGCCUUCGUGUCAUUAUGAAUGAUGGACUCUCAACAAUACCGGUGGAUUGCCUUCAAGUAUGUAUUGAUGUUACUGGGGCCUAUGGUGCUCAGCAGACUGAGUUGAACAUAAGCUUGACUGCAAUAGGUCUCUUGUGGACUACAACUGAUUUUAUAGCAAAAGGACACAUCCCUCUGAGUGGCGAAGAAAGUGAGAAAGUAGAUGGUGAGAAGAGAGAAGAGGAAACACUCAACUCAAACAAACCUAACAAUCAAGCUUCUAUUUUUGAUGUGGUUGAACGUGACAAGUUGCUGAUAUCGAUUUUCUCAUUGCUUCAAACACUUGGAGCAGAUGAGAGACCUGAGGUGAGAAAUUCUGCAAUCCGUACACUUUUUCAAACUCUUGGAACUCAUGGACAAAAGCUUUCAAAGAGCAUGUGGGAAGAUUGUCUCUGGAACUAUGUUUUCCCGUCACUGGAUCGUGCUUCUCAUUUGGCUGCCACUUCAUCCAGGGAUGAAUGGCAUGGCAAGGAGCUAGGAACACAAGGUGGAAAAGCAGUUCACAUGCUUAUACAUCACAGUCGUAACACGGCUCAGAAGCAGUGGGAUGAAACACUUGUAGUGGUCCUUGGUGGCAUAGCUCGCCUCUUACGCUCUUUCUUUCCCUAUCUAAGAACUUUGAGGAACUUCUGGUCUGGUUGGGAAUCAUUGAUCAAAUUUGUUAAGACUAGUAUCACAAGUGGUAGUAAAGAAGUCGCACUUGCUGCAAUUAACUGUUUGCAGACGACCAUUCUAUCUCAUUCUCUUAAGGGAAACUUUCCUAUGGCUUACCUUAAAUCAGUACUUGACGUCUAUGAGCACUUUCUCCUAGAAUCACCAAGCCGCUGUGAUAAUGCAAUUGGCAGAGUGAAGCAAGAGAUAUUGCAUGGGCUUGGUGAGUUGUUUGCUCAAGCACCACAGAUGUUUGAUGUCGAUAUGUACAAGCAGCUGCUACAAGUAGUGCAUGUGGUAAUACAAGCCACCAUGACUGUCGAUAAUGCCGCAGCUGAUGCUGGAUGCAUCCCCCCUUUGCAACGUACUGUGCUGGAAAUCUUACCACUUCUAUGUCCAUCAGAGCAUCUCUCUUCUAUGUGGUCCCUUUUUCUUCAGUUGAUCUUGAAUUAUCUUCCAAGAGCUCCUUCUGCCUUGAAACACAUAGAAGAUGUGAAGCAAGCUGGGGAAACAGACUCUACCCAAGUUGCAGAAGCUGAAAAGUGGGGAAAGAAUGAAAGUCUUAAUGGUGUGACGUCUACAUCUCUAAGGCUGACAGAAGAUCUAGUUGAGUCAGGCAUCCAAUGCAGUAUAUUUUCUGAAAAGCUUAUCCCAGUGCUUAUUGAUCUAUUCUUGCAAGCUCCAGAUUCUGAAAAGUAUAUUAUAUAUCCUGAAAUGAUUCAAGCUUUAGGAAGGUGCAUGACAACAAGAAGAGACAGUCCAGAUGGCCCAGUUUGGAGGUUAGCUGUCGAAGGCUUUAAUCGUCUUCUUGUGGCUGAUGUUGGUCGAUUGUCCCAGAUUGGUGAAACACAUCCAUAUAUAAGCAGAUCCACAAGAAAUCGUAUUUGGAAAGAAGUGGCUGAUGUUUUUGAAAUAUUUCUUGUGGGAUACUGUGGACGUGCUCUUUCUUCCAAUGUUCUGUCUGCUACUGUACUCAAGGCCGAUAUAUCACUAGAUAUGGCCUUUUUAACCAGUCUCGGCGACAGGAUUCUCAAGUCACAAAUUGAUGCCCCGUCUGAUAUUUUACAGAGAUUAGUUUCCACCCUAGACCGGUGUGCCUUACGCACAUGCUCUUUGCCUGUGGAGACUGUUGGACUCCUUCCUUCCCAUUGCUUCAGGUUUUCCUUGGCUUGCUUGCAAAAACUAUUCAUUUUGACCAGUUUUGAGGAUGAGGCUGAUGAUUGGAAUGCAACAAAAUCGGAGGUCAGCAAAAUUGCUAUCAUGGUGCUUAUGGAGAGAUGUCAACACAUAUUUGACAGAUUUCUCAUAGACGAAACUGCUCUAGGUGGUCAACCAUUUCCUUCAGCUAGGCUUGAAGAAAUGGUAUUUGUUCUUGAAGAGCUAGCUAGCUUGACUAUUCACCCAGACGCUGCAUCUGUUCUGCCUUUGCAUCCGCAUCUGAGAAAUGCUCUUAAAACUGACGGGAAUCAUUAUGUUCGAGUUCACCUCCUUGUACUCCAUCCAUCUCUCUGUGAACUAGUCAUCUCAAGGGAGCCUAAAGUGAGGGAAUUGGUACUGGUGCUGCUUAGGCUUAUUAGUGAGAUUUUGGGUCUACAGAAAUCAACUCAAUCUGUUAAAUCUUAAAGAAGUCAUGAGGAGCAGUUGCGCGGCUAGUCACCCGGUUCUUUAAUUAAUGAUGUAGGCGAGGAUUUUUCUUUUUGUCCUCCAUAGUUCACUUCACUGUAUUAUAGUUAUUCUUUUUGCAGUAUUUCAUGUAGUAAAUGUUGUACAUUAUAUAAUAGAAAAAUGAAAAAUAUUUACGAUUUGUUGUAAAAUUAGCUCUUUUUUUUUUCUCACACUGAUUAAUCAUUAUUGUCACAUUCAUAUCAUUUGAUUUAUAAUUAAGAUUCCUCUUUA